UACUUUCUCACAUAAAGCUUACUGCAAUAUUAUGGCAAAGCUUAUGCACAUUGUUCUGGCUCUGAGCUUGACAGUGAUGGCAUGUUCACUUCAGGAUUGUCCUACUAAAUGUGGAGAUGUUGAAGUUCCGUAUCCGUUCGGCGUCAGUGACACAUCUGCUGCUGUUGUGUAUCCUGCAUGUGCCAGGAGCGAUUACUUCAUGCUCUCAUGUAAUUCUACGGAAUAUCCUCCUCGUCUUUAUUACGGCAAGCUCCAUGUCCUGAAUAUAUCUCUGGAGGAAGGAACCUUCACCAUCGCCACUUAUCCAUCUCUUAAGUGCUACAAUGAAUCAGCACAGACUGAUCAUGUAAAUUACAAGAUGCAACUAGGAAACGGCCCUUUCAGGUUAUCUGACACCCGAAACAAGCUGACAGCUAUCGGAUGCGAUACGACAGCGUUCAUGAGUGAUGCUGGAGUAACGUAUGGCAGUGGAUGCAUAUCUUACUGCACUGAAAGCAAAAAGCUUGAAAAUUAUUGCACGGGAAUUGGUUGUUGUCAGACUUCCAUGCCAAGAAGUCUCAAGAACAUAACCAUCGCCAUUUCAAGCUUAAGCAAUCAUAGCCGCGUUUUUCAGUUUAAUCCAUGUGGGUUUGCGUUUAUAGCGGAUGAAAAGUUCAAUGUCUCCAAAUUGAAACUUGAUGAUCGACCAAAACCUUAUUUUAGUAAGAAGCAUCCAAUUUCUAAGGCUGUAAUCGAGUGGGUUGCAAGCGAAGAAACAUGUGAAGAUGCCAGACUCAAUGCCACCUUUUAUGCUUGUGGUAAUAAUACUGACUGUGUUUACUCCGAAAAUGGCAAGGGAUAUCGAUGCUUAUGCAUGCAGGGAUACGCAGGAAACCCUUAUGAUCGACUACAAGGCUGUCAAGACAUCGACGAAUGCAAGGAGCCAAUGAAUUACCGGUGCCAUGGUACUUGCAAGAACAAGGCAGGGAACUACACAUGCCAAUGCCCACUUGGGAUGCACGGUGAUGGCAAAAUUAGCUGCCAGGGAUUCCACAUUUCAACUAUUUCCGCAAUUUGUGGAGCUUUCAUGUUUGUCGUGAUCAUCAGUCUUCUGACUGUGAUCAUAUGGAGGAAGCGGAUAAAAGAGAAAAACUUCUUAAAAAAUGGAGGUAUGCUAUUAAAGCAUCAGCGAGUCAGACUUUUCAGCGAAAAGGAGCUACAGAACGCUACAAAAGACUACGACAGAAGCCAAUUUUUGGGCGAAGGUGGUUUCGGAUGUGUUUACAAGGGAAAUCUGGCAGAUGGCACGCAGCUCGCAGUAAAAAAGCCGAAAGACAUAGACAAAACUCAAAUUAAUGAAGAGUUCGAGAAAGAAAUCGGCAUUGUUUCACAGGUCAACCAUGUAAAUGUGGUAAAGAUCCUGGGGCUUUGUUUGGAGACGAAACAUCCUCUGUUGGUAUAUGAAUUCAUUUCCAAUGGGAGUCUAUAUCAACAUAUCCAUCAGAGGAGGUCUCACAUACUGAGCAGCUGGAAAAGCCGGCUGCGAAUUGCUGCGGAGAUCGCCUUAGCCCUUGAUUAUUUGCACUCCCUUGCCAACCCACCCAUUAUUCACGGUGACGUGAAGUCGGCAAACAUCCUCCUGGAUGAAAACUACACUGCAAAAGUAUCCGAUUUUGGAGCUUCGGUGCUUAUUUCUCCAGGAGAGACAGUUAUGGCUACAAAAAUACAAGGGACAUUGGGCUACUUAGAUCCGGAAUAUCUCAUGACCGGAAUCUUAACGGAGAAGAGCGACGUAUACAGUUUUGGUGUUGUUCUUGUGGAACUCUUGACGGGAGAGAAACCAAACUCUACUGCAAGAUCAGGAGUCAAGAAUAACAUCAUUCAAUAUUUUCUUUCUUCGCUGGAGCAGAACAAUAUCCCCGAAAUACUUUGCCUGGUGGUCACCGAAGAUGAAAUCGAAGAUAUCAAACUGUUCGCAGAACUUGCAAAAUGCUGCCUGAGUAGGAGAGGGGCAAAAAGACCAAGCAUGAAGCAAGUGGCUGAUGAGCUAAGUAGGUUGAGGCAAUCGAACGAAAAUUUAUGGGCUCAACUGAACCGCCAAGAGUCGGAGCAUUUGGUCGUUGAAAAUAUCAAUCAACCCGAGAGCAUCAGCAUGCCAGCAUUUGAUAUCAGCCUUUAGAAUUUGCAGUCUUGUAUUAGAGAAGCUAGCACUUAUCGUUCUGUUGCAUUAAUUGUCAAACAAUUUUGUACUUUUUUUUAGUUCAAUAAUAAUAAUGGACUUCAUU